AAAAUUGGUUGGACCACAGCUUCGUACGUGCGCUGGGCCGGCACACUCCAGCUUGAAUGGACCGUACGCGCUUGUUUGAAGGAAAGAGACGGUAGCCUCAUGUGGCGACGCCGGGCUGCCUCGGCGGAGAGCUGCGGGCCAGCUAGGUUGGACCUGUGUGGGGGGCAGCCCUCAGACAGUCGUAGGCCGUGGAUGGACUUGCUGUGCGGCAGCCGCCAGCCCGUCGAAGAAGACGAGGUCUUCAGCGUAGAGCCUCCACAGUCGCCGGAGGCGAAAUUCAUCGCGGAUGCGUGGGAACCGCGUGAGCGUGAGGACGACGCUUGCGCGCUGCCAGAGCACAUUGACGACGACGCAGAUAGCUUCGCAGACCUCCCGCAAAUGGUCGAGGCGGCGACGCGCCGCGAGAUAUCGCGACGACGAGACUCGCUGUCGCCCAACGCCGUCACCGACCGCCUCAGCGCCCUGCGGGUGUCCCGAACGACGGUCGCGACGCCGCCGCGGCGACGCCGAUCUCGCGGCCAGCACGGCGGGGCGGACGUGCCGAGUCCUCUGACGAAGCCGGCCGUGACGCCGCGGCGUCGACGCGCGGCCUGGCGCGGCCAGCACGGCGAGGCGGACGUCGCGAGCCCCCUGACGGACGGCUCGCCGCCGCUCGAGGCGCUGCCCCAGCGGAAGGUGCGCCCCGAGCCGUACUACUCGCAGCCCGUGCAGUAGUAGCACGGGCCUCACGCUAUCGAGCGCCGCGCCGAGGGGGAGCAUUGUAAAUGUCGAGUGAA